AUGGCGGGCCCCUGCACGACCUGCCCCAUGUCUCCCCCUGGGGAGAGGGGGGGGCCCCCAGAGCGGCACACCCAUAGCAAGCAACUCAGCAGCAGCAGCAGCAGCAGCAGCAGCAACCGUAGCAACAGCCGCAACAACAGCAGCAGCAACAGGAAGAGACACAGCAGCAGCAAACGCAGCAGCAAAAGGCUUGAAGACACCGCGAUGAAGUCCUCAACACAGGCAGCACAGUUGGCCAGCAGCAGCAGCAGCUACCGCAACAGGAGCAAAAGCAGCAGCAGCAGUAGUAGCAGCAGUAGCAGCAGCAGCAGCAGUACGAGCAGACGAAAGAGCAGCACAAGCAGCAAACAUAAAAGCUCCGGGCGACCCAGUGUUACUCGUGAGGCUCAGCAGCAGCAGCAACUGCAGCAGGAGCAGCAACUGCAGCAGGAGCAGGAUGAGCAGCAGCAGCAUGAGGAGGCGCCAACACUAGAUCCAUGGCGCCUACCCUCGCUGUCAAGCUCAAGCAGCAGCAGAGGCAGCAGCAGCAGCAGCAGACCAUAUGCUACUGCUAGACCUGCUGCUGCUGCUGCUGCUGCUGCUGCCAGCAGCAACCGCCGGCCUACGAGUUUGCUGCGCCGUCUGCGCGCCCUUGAGGAGAAGCUGCUGCUGCAGCGGGAGCCUAAUAAAGCGCGCAGCAGCAGCAGCAGCACCAGCAGCAGCAGCAGCCGCAGCAGCAGCAACACCAACAGCAACAGGAGAAGAGACGACAGCCGCAGCAGAGCUCUUGCUGCUGUUGCUGCUGUUGGCAGCCAAAUCCCUAGGAUAAAGAGGCAGCAGCAACGAUUGACAGCAGCAGAGGAAGGAACUGCUGCUGCUGCUGCAGCAGCAGCAGCAGCAGACACGCCCAGCCCUCAAUGGCACCACAAAGAGCUGUUAAAGGCAGCCACACGCAGCAGCAGCAGCAGCAGCAGCAGCACUAGCUGCAAUGGCUACAACGUCUGCAGCGGCAACAGCAACAGCAACAGCAACAGCAACAGCAAUAUGAGCAGCAGCUGCUGCUGUUGCGAUGCACGUCGUGGCUCAGGACCUGGAGCAGCAGCAGCAGCAGCAGCAGCAUCGAGUGACGGAGCAGCAGGGGCACUAGGAGACCAGCAGCAGCAGCAGCAAGAUCUGCUGCAGCACGAAGUGCUGCUGCCAAGUAAAGUGCAGCGGUCACACAGGAGACGCCACAGCAGCAAGAGCAGCAGGAGGGACCAGCAGCACCAGCAGCAGCAGCAACAGCAGCAGCAGCAGGAGGUUAGCCUUAAUGACAGAAGCAAGACUGAUGUCUCCGAGGCCCACAGACUGCAGCAGAAGCAGCUGCUGCUGCUGCAGCAGCAACAACAACUGUUACUGCAGCAGCAGCAGCAGCAGCUAUCUUUGCUGCUUCAACAAAGUCCGAAGCAGCAGCAGCUGCUGCAGUAUGCAUGCAGCGACAGCCACACAUCUCCCCCAAGGAAGAGGGACACGAAAGCAGCAGCAGCAGCAGCAACAGCAACCGCAGCACCCGCUGCUGCUGCUGCUACUGCUGCUGCUGCUGGCUUUAAUAGCCAACUCUCCUCCCUACAAGAGGACCUCCGCUCUCUUAAGGAAAGGCUGCUGCGGCCGCUGCGGGAGGCUCGUGCUGCUGCGCCCCACAGACAGCAGCAGCAGCAGCUGCUGCUGCUGCAGCAGCAGCAGCAGCAGCAAGAGCAGCAGCAAGAGCAGCAGCAGCACUCGAGGGGAAAAGGGGACCCCCGUUCAAAGGGUAUUGAAGAUCUGCUGCACUCAGUGGGGACCCUAGGGGCCCCUGUGGGGCCCCAAUGGCACGCCUUGACAACCGGCAGCAGCAGCAGCAGCAGCAGCAGCAGCAGCAGCAGCGAAACAACUGCUGCUGCUUUAAUCAAGCCGCGGUGUCUUGCAAUGAGCGAGGAGAACGUCGAUGAACUCAGGCAGCAGCAACACAAAGAGCAGCAGCAGCAGCAACAGCAACAGCAGCAGCAGCAACCGGUGCUGCUGCUGCAGGAUGGUGCGAACUCUGCAGGCAGCGCGGUGUCUGAUAUGAAAACCGGUGCAGCAGCAGCAACAGCAGCAGCAGCAGCAGAAGCAGCAAAUGCUGCAUGCGGUGUAUGGACAGAUACAGAAGCAGCCUCGUCAGCUUCUUUGCCCCGACUGCAGCUGCAGCAGAAGCAGCAGCAGCUGCUGCUGCAGCAGGAGCAGCAGCAGCAACGCAGCAGCGAGCUGCAUGCAUCCAACCCUCGGGACACAGAGGUAGAGCACGAAUGGAAUUCUCUGCAGCAGCAGCUGCAGCAGAAAGCAGCAGCAGCAGCUGCUGCUGCUACUGCUGCUGCUGCUGCUACUUCUGCUGCUGGCAGGCUAUCCCCAGUGUCCGCUGCAGAGCUGCAGCUCCCCAGCAGCAGGGCAGCCGUUGCACCCCGUGCAGCAGCAGCAGCAGCAGCAACAGCAGCAGCAGCAAAUGAGUCGCGCGAUAGGCUUACAGCCAACGCAGCAGCAGAAGCAGCAGCAGCAGCAGCAAACGCAGCAGAUGCUGCUGCAGCAAAAGGCUCAGCAGCAGAAAACAAGGGAACGGUGUUGAUUCCCUCACCGCAGCAGCAGCAGCAGAAGCGCCCCGCUGCAGCAGUUGUUGUUGGUGCUGCUGCUGCUGCUGCUGCUGCUGCUGCUGUAGAUGAUGAUGACGACCUUGGGUACGAUUUGCAUGCAGCAGCAACUCACGCGGUGUCUCGGCACCAGCAGCAGCAGCAGCGGCUUAGCCCUGUCCGUACCUGCAUACGAUCUGCUGCAGCAACUGCAACUGCAACUGCAGCCACUGCAGCAGCAGCAGCAGCAACAGAUGAUGCUUGUCUCCCUACAUUGCUGCUGGCGACCUCAAGACAGUCACCAGAAGCAGCAGCAGCAGCAGCAGAUGCAGCACGGCUUGGUCAUGCUGCUGCUGUCUCCUCGCCUGGAGAAAUAAAGAAGCAGCAACAGCAGCAGCAGAUGCAGCAGCAGCCGUUGCAGCAGCAGCAGCAGCAACAGCACCAUCAUCUUCAUGGUGUCUUGAAGAGACUUGACGUCAGUUGUCACCAGCAGCAGCAGCAGCAAGAGCAGCAGCAGCAAAAAGAGCAGCAGCAGCAGCAAGAGCAGCAGCAGCAGCAGCAGCAGCAGCGGCAUCUAUAUCACCGUCAACAAGAGCCAACAAUUCGGGUGCAUCAUCAUCAUCAGCAGCAACAGCAGCAGCAUGAACAGCAGCAGCAACUGCAGCAGCAGCAGCAACUGCAGCAGCAGCAGCAACUGCAGCAGCAGCAGCAGCAGCAGCAGCAGCAGGAAUCCAAGACAACUUCGUCUCCUUCUUACCACCGCGUUAGAGGGCGGCUGCGGCCGAUGAGCGGCAACAGCAGCAACAGCAGCAAUAGCAGCAGCAGCAGCAACGGCAACAGCAGCAGAAGCAGCAGCAGCAACCACAACAACAACUCGCCGCUACAUCUGCAUGCUGUACGGUCACCAGCAGCAGCAGCAGCAGCAGGAGCAACAGCAGCGGCAAUAGCAACAUCAGCACCAACAGCAACAGCAGCAGCAGCAGCAGCAGCAGGCACUUUUCCCUCCUCAGAGUCCGCAGCAGUAGCAGCUGCAGCAGCAAGACAAACAGAAGCAGCAGCAGCAACAACAACAACAAGAACACAAACAGAAGCAGCAGGAGUAGCAGCAACAAUAGCAGCAGCAACAGUAACAGCAGCAACAGAAACAACAAUAGCAGCAGACUUGCCAGCUGCUGAAGCAGCAGCAGCAGCAGCAGCAACAGCAGCAACAGCAGCAGCAACAAGAGCAGCUGCUGCUGUUACGUCUCCUAGGCCAGCAGCAACAGCGGUGCGCCACUGCCGCUCGUGGUCAGGGGGAAGCAGCAGCAGCAGCAGCAACAACAACAACAACAACAGCAGCAGCAGCAGCAGCAGCAAACAGGGCAUGCAGCUGCUUGCUGAUCUUGCUGGUCUUACAGAUGCAGCAGAUUUGCUGCUUGCUGCUAUAGGGGGAGAAGAAGAGAAGUUGCUGCCGCUGCUGCAGACAGCAGCAGCACCAUUGACUACACCCAACAGCAGCAGCAGCAGCAACAGCAGCAACAGCAACAGCAACAGCUGCUGCCUCCGCCAUGACCUUCAGCACGAAGUGCUGCUGAAGCAGCAGCAGCAGCAGCAGCAACUGCUGCUGCACCAGCAGCAGAUUCGAGGCUUUAGUUAUCAGUACGCACAGCAGCAGCAGCAGCAACAGCAGCAGCAGCAGCAGCAGGAUGCAUCAGAGCACGAUAAGAUAAGACAGCAGCUGCAGCAGCAGCUGCAGGAGCUGCAGCAAUCGCUGCUGCUGCAGGGGGAGACAGGAGGGGCCCCUGUUGCCCCUCCGGGUGUACUGGCAGCUGCUGAUGGUAUAGGUAGUGUUUCUUCUCCCUGCAGCAGCAGCAGCAGCAGCAGUAGCAGCAGCUCUAUUGGUGAUGGUCCUGCUGCUGCAUUUGCUGCUGCUGCACCACCCGAUGCUGUCUUCGAGGAGACACCCAUCAUGGCCCCUUGCUGCAGCGCCCCCUCUCCGCAGCUGUCUCCUGUUAGCCAGCAGCAGCAGCAGCAGCAGCAGCAGCAGGAGCUGCAGCAGGAGCUGCAGCAGGAGCUGCAGCAGCAGGAGCAGCAGGAGACUCAUCUGCUUCCGUGGCAGCUGCAGCAGCAGCAGCGACAGCAAACAUUGAAGCGACGGCUUAAGGAAUGGAGACAGCAUCAGCAGCAGCAGCAGCAACUGCAGCAGCAACUGCAGCAGCAGCAGCAGCAGCAACUCCGUGACCUCGAUACAUCUACCUUCAGCAACAGCUCUGCAGGCAUCUCGCCGUCACCCCUCUUCCUCCUGCAGCAGCAGCAGCAGCAGCAGCACGUGUAUCAACAGCAGCAGCAGCAAGUGCAUCAGCAGCAGCAGCAAGUGCACCAUCGGCAGCAGCAAUGGCAGCAAGUGCAGCAGCAGCAGCGGCGGUCGCUGGUGUCUCCAAGUAGUGCAGCAGCAGCAAAAGAAAAAGAUUUGCUGCUGCUGAAUCCUGCCUAUACAGUAGAAGCUGCUGCUGCUGCUGCUGCUGCAGACAUGGGUACACUAACAACAGCAACAGCAACACCAGAUGCUGCUUCUGCUGCUGCUGCCUUUGAUUGCGGCCCUCCUGCUGCUGCUCAUCCUGACCCUGCAGCAGCAGAAGCAGCAGCAGAUACAGCAGCAGCAGCAGCAGCAGCAGGGAGCCCAAGCAGGCCGGUCUCCGAGGGGGAGGUGCAGCAGCAGAGCAUGCGCUCCUGUGUACAUACCCAUAAAGGACGCAGAGCAGCAGCAGCAACAGCAGCAGCAGAAGCAGCAGAAGCAGCUGCUGCUCCUUCUCCAUUUGCUGCACCAACGGAUGGAGCAGCAGCAGCGGGAUUCGCAGCAGCAGCUGCUCAGUCUUCACCUGCAGCAGCAGCAGCUGCAGCAGCAGCAGCUGCAGCAGCAGCUGCUGCUGCAGCAAAUGCAGGAGGUGCAGUAGCAGCAGCUGCUGCUGUUUCUGCUGCUGCCUCCAAGACACAGAGGCAGCAAGCACUCAAUAGCUUCAUGCUGCUGCAGCAAAGAUCUCCUGCUGCGCUGCUGUCUCCUAGCGAUAGGUACGAAGUGCAGCAGGCGCUGCAGCAGCUAUACCUUGCUGCUUCCCAGAAGCAGCAGCAGCAACAGCAGCUCCUGCUGCAGCAGCAGCAGGAGCAGAGGAGCCAAAGCCGUGUCUAUCCGUCCACGCUGAUGCACACACCACCUGCUGCUGCAGCAGCAGCAGCAGCAGCAGCAGCAGCAGCGGAGUACACAGUAGACGCUAGUGAAUGCCUUCACCAUAGCACCAGCGCUGCAGCAGCAGAAGCAGAAGCAGCAGCAACUGCUGCUGCAGCAGCACUUUCCCCUCCGUCAGCUUGGCAGCAGCAGCAGGAGCAGCAGCAGGAGCAGGAGCAGCAGCAGCAGCAGCAAAGGGGAAGAAGAACACCAACAUUGGGCCAGCGUCUCCUUGCUGCUGUUCGUGGAGGGCGCAGCCGCUCGAGCCAGCAGCAGCGGCAACAGCAGCAACAGCAGCAGCAGCAGCAGCAGCAGCAGCAACAGCAGCAGUUGCUGCUAGAGCAGCAAUACCGACCAUUAGCAACAUUCCCUGUUGCUGAUGACACCGAGCAGCAGCAGCAACAGGAGCAGCAGCAGCAGCAGCAGCAGCUACUGCAGGAGCCGCAGGAGCAGCUGCACCAGUUCUGGCAGCAGCAGCAACAGUUGCUGCAGCAGCAGCAGCAGCAGCAGCGGCCCAUCACGAUCCCUAAUUGGAGUUGCCCUGUAUUUAACUCGCUGCAGCAGACUGCUGCAGGAGGUGCAGCAGCAGCAGCAGCAGCAGCAGCAGCUGAUGCUGCUAGUGCUGCUGCUGCUGCUGAAGUGCAGCAAGACACUUGCUGCAGUGCCUCUAUAGAACGCGUAUCCGAGGUAAUGUGCCCUGCUGCUGCUGCUGCUGCUGCUGCUGCGCUGCAGUGCGGCAGCAGAAUCAGCAGCAGCAGCAGCAAAAGCUGCACGAGGCUAUUGGAUGUUUCUCCUUCUAUGCUUGCUGCUCGUUGUGCAGUGCAACGCAGCAGCAGCAGCAACGUUAUCAUGGGCAGCAGCAGCAGCAGCAGCAGCAGCAGCAGCAGCAGCAGCAGCAAGUUCUCCUUUAGUAGAUUAUUUAGGAGGAGACACUCAAGUGCUGAUGCCUCGCAGUGGGGAUCGUUAGGUAGCUCUGCUGCAGCAGCAGACCCAGCAGCAGCAGGAGCAGCAACAGCAGCAGCAGCAGGUGCUGCAGCAGCAGCAGGUGCUGCAGCAGCGGACCCUCAUAGUAACUCUUGGUUUGCUGCUCACUCCCUUGAGCAUCCCUACCUGCAGCAACACAGUGACUUUGCUGCUGCUGCUGCUGCAGCAGCAGCAACAGCAGCAGCAGGGGAUAUCCCUGUCCUCUAUCCGCAACCGCAGCACUGCAUGCAGCUACCUCAGUGGGAGAAGCAGCAGCAGCAGCAACAGCAACAACCGCAAGAGCAGCAGCAGCAGCAGCAGCAGGCAGCCGCUACUCGUAAAUCGCGACGGUUUGCUUCGCCCUUCUUGUGGGGACGACGCCGCACUGCACCUCAGUGUAGCACGUAG